AUGGUGAACUUAAAUUUUCUUGAUCAAAUGAUUGUUUGGGUCAUGGAGUGUGUCACGACUACUUCUUUCUCUAUUUCACUUAAUGGGAGAUUAAAUGGAUUUUUCAAAGGCAGGAAGAGGCUUAGGCAGGGUGACCCUUUGUCUCCUUUGCUCUUUGUUAUCUGUCUGGAGUACCUGUCCAGGCUCCUAAAGUCCCUGGAGGGCAAAUUCAGAUUCAAGUUCCACCCCAAAUGUAAAGAACUAAAGAUCACCCACCUGGUUUUCGCUGAUGACCUUAUGUUGUUCUCAAAUGGAAUCAAAGAGGGAAAGUUUCCUUUUAAAUACUUGGGGAUACCAUUGCUGGCUUCCAAAUUGAAUGUUGUCCAUUAUAGGCCACUGGUUGAUCGAAUUGCUGGGUGGUUCAAGGGGUGGCCUAGCAACAAUCUUACCUAUGCUGGUAGAUUAGAAAUAAUUAAAUCUAUUGUCCAAGGCUUUGAAUGUUUUUGGCUUGCUAUUUUCCCCAUUCCACUGAAUGUCCUAAACCAUAUAAUUAAACUUUGCAGAGCAUUUUUGUGGGGUGGCAGGAGGAAGCCUUUGGGUGCCUGGAGUGAAGUCUGUAAACCAAAAGAUGAAGGAGGUUUAGGAGUUUUUGACCUCAAGACUUGGAACAGAGCACUUUUGACAAAAGCACUAUGGAAUAUACAAGCUAAGAAGGAUAGUCUUUGGACAAAAUGGAUUCACCAAUGUUACUUGAAGGAUACUGGAAUCUGGUAUGCUGCAACCAAAAAAAAAGACUCUUCCCUCUUCAAAAGAUUAGUUGACAUUAAAGAUCAACUUGUCCAAAAAGCUAGAAGUGUGGCUGCAGCUAUUGAAAAGAUGCAAAGAAUGGGGAAUGAAUCUUACAUGUUUUAUGAGUUCUAG